AUGAAGUUGUCCAUUCGCUUUGCUGCCUCCUUUCCAACUGGUCAACUCAUGGCUGUGAUUUGCAUAUUCGGGCCUAAAUUAAACGGCAGGUUGGGUGGCUAUUCCAGAGUUGACGUCAGCAAUUUCAGCUCCAUCACGGCUGUUGGUUGGCUUGGAGGCAGAGCAAGGAGUGAGUGGGUUGUGUUGAGAUAG